CUAACAUUUUUUUACCUAACAUGUGUUCCCUGGGAAUCAAUACCAUAACCUUUUGCGCUGCUAACGCAAUGCUCUACCACUGAGCCACAGCUCAACUGAAUGACUCUCUGAAGCAAGAGGAGGCCCAGCAAUGCUCCAAUUCAAUGCAGCAUCCAAGGGGGCUUGCAGAGAGCCUAGCCCCUAACUGAACUUAGCCCCUAAUUGAACUUAGUACUUAGCUCAAAGGAUAGAGGCCUUGGGAUGGAAACUCUCAUAAACGAGAGGAGGCCUAGCUAUGUCCUACACCUAUCAAGGAGGCUCACAGAGAGCCUAAUAACUUGAAUUACUAACCAAGCAAAGCUCAGGAAGCAGAUGCCUCAGCAGGAGAACCCUCUAUAAUGAGGAGACUUAGCACCAUUCCAAAUAAGGUGUAUCAAGGAGGCUCAACUUAGCACCAGUCUAAACAAGCUCAAAAAUGGAGGCCUCAGCAUGAUAACUCUCUGAAGCAAAAGGUCUAUGUCCUGCAUUCAAGACAGCUUCCAAAGGAGGCUCACCAUGAGCCUAAUGACUCAAUUACUUCCAAAGCAGAGGCCUCAGCAGAACAACUCUCUGUAGCGAGAGGAAGCCUAGCAAUGCUCCAAAUUAGAGGCAAUAGCCAAGGAGGCUCACAAAGAGGCUAGCAAAUUGACACUUACUGCCAGACUGCUCUAAGGAUGAAGGCCUUGUCAUGACACUCUCUUAAGGCAAGAGAACGCUUUAAGUUCUACGUUCAGGAUAGCUUCCAAGCAUGCUCUCAGAGCCUAGCAACUCAAAGUGCUAUCUAGACGGCGCUUUAGGGAGCAAAAGCCUCAGACAGACAACUCUAUAGUGAGUAUAUAUAAAAGUAGCGGCCAAAGAGGCUCACAGAGAGCCUAAUGACUCUGAACUCCAUGGACGGUCUAUGACAUCUCUUUAGUAUAAGAGGAGCCCUAACUCGGUUCUAUAUAUGGGAUAACUUCCAAUGAGUCCCAGAUAGCCUAACAACUUAGAACUGGAGCCAAGCGGAGCUUGGAGGGGUGGAGUACUUUGCAAAACGGCUCUCCAUAGUAAGAGGAGGCCUAACAAUGCUCCAAUGCCUCACCUGACAAAGUAUUUACAGUCAGUUUCCUGUGCUGAACCAUCAGAAGGCAGAUUUUAACACUGCCAAAACAUUACAGCAGCCCCCAGGGCUCAUAUAAAUGUGUUUAUAGCCUCUAACACACACCACCUGGCCUCAACAGCUCAUAUACCUUUCUGUUACUGACAUGCUACGUUAUGUUUUUAGGAAGAGAUUAAUAAACUUUGAUGAAUACCUGUGCCAAAACAAACAAGCUUCAAAGAAACGAUGUGAGGAAAUCCUGUCAUCCCUCUCUGCACCAAUGAUGGAAAAACUCAAGAAGGGCUUCUAUGCCAAACCUGGUGGCUAUGAUCUCUUCUGCAAAGAUCUGGAGGACAUUGGGAAGAAAUAUAACAGCCAGGCCAAAAAAGAAGUCAUGGCUGAAGAGGUCCUAGAGGAGUUCCUGAAGCAGAAGUCUUUGGAUUCUAAAGCCAUUCUGCAGGCUGACAAGAAACUGACUGAGAAGGAGAAAAAGAUUAAAGACAAAAAAGAGAAAGCAGCCCUCCUGCAGCAGGAAAUUAAAGCUAAAGAAGAGAAGCAGCGACAACUAGAAGAGAAGAUAGAAGCAGAGAGAGAGAGUAAUGAAGAGAGGAUGAGACAGAUGAAGGAGAAGAUGGAUAAGGAGCUGAGGCUUCAGAGAGAAGAGAAUGAGCGUGCUGAAGCAGAAACUAACAGAGCUAGAGAGUUUGCAGUGAUUUUAGAAAACACCAACCAGAGAUAUGAGGAGUUUAUGGCUAUGAUGAUGCUGCAGCAUAGAGAACACAUGAUGGCAAUGCAAACGAGUGCACGCUCUUCAGACAGCUGUUGCACCAUGUGAAAUGCCUUGACUCUAUGAUACUCAUUGAACAGCCAUGGUUUACAAUGAAUUUAUAACAGCUAAGGGGUGUUGUUAGGUGUGACGCAAAACGGAAACCCCCUUAGCUGUUAUAAAUUCAUUGUAAACCAUGCUUCAUGGGGCUUAUUGCUUUUAUAAAAUGGUUACUCUAUAUAUUUAGUAAGGUUUCACGAAAUAAAACAGCAAGUAAAGUGCAAUGAUAUUAAUAAAAACAUUGUUCUUCCGCCAAACAAUGUAGUUCCUCAGAAAUGGUUGUAGUUGCAACAAAGUGGUUGCCAAGCAACACACAAAUAUAAACAAAGGUGUAAGUUUGUAGAGUAAUUUACAACAGCUUCGAACACUGCUAAACCAAUCCGAAUCUAAUUGAUUCUUCUUGUUCAGUCGCACCAUCCAGUGGUUUGUGAUUCCCUGAUAACAACCAAUAAAACUGUGAUAGUGCACCUCUAAUCCAGGUACAGUAUCUAAAGGAAGCACUUUUUUCAUGUUUCUCAUAUCUCAACACAGAAUCGCUUUUUUAAUUGAUUUGAACACAAACAUGCCAUCUUGUGUCUUGAUGUUAUGGUUUGUAUUGAAAAUGAAAUAGGAAAAUGUCAAUAUUAAUAUUACUGUAAUAUUGAUUCAGUGUUCGUCUUGUU